AUGGAGGAAGAAGACUGCACUAUCUUUAUUGAAGAACUCAAAAGUGAUGAUCCAAACCUGAAAAUCAAUGCAGUCACAAAAAUAGUAUCAAUAGCACAAAUUCUUGGUCCAGUCAGAACAUGCUCUGAACUCAUUCCAUACUUAAUAGACAUUAUUGAAGAAUAGGAUAAUGAGGAUGAAUUUCUAAUUAAAUUGGCCCAAGAACUUGUGAAUCUGAAACCUCACACAGGGACUAAUGCCCACCUCUUAAAUGUGCCUUUAGAAAUUCUGAGCUCGAUGGAAGAGCCAUUAGUGAGGGAAAAAGCUGUAGAAUCAUUGUUAUUGUUAGCAGAAGAUAUGCCAGACAGCUUUUUUGAAAAUCACUUCUUUUAGAUUGUCUAACAAUUGGGAUAAUGGGACAAUUUCCCAUCACGUAUUUCUGCAGCUAGUCUAUUUCCAUUAACUUAUAAACAUGUCUCAUUUGAAAAGAAAAACAUACUUUGGGAGUUAUAUAAACAAUUAUGUGGAGAUGACACGCCUAUGGUGAGAAGAGUCUGUGCUGGUGUGUUGUCUGAUCUAGCCAAAAUAAAAUGUUAACCUUAAUAGUUACUUACAAUUUGGGAGACUUUACUUAAAGAUCCUGUUGACAGUGUUAAAAUUAAGGCCAUUGAAGGUUCACAAUAAAUGCUUAAACUUAUCGAUGACAAUAAUGAAUUAGACACUCAUCUUCAAGCAUAUUUUUCAUUAGCAGAUCCUAGAGAAAAGAGUUGGCGAGUCAGGUACACUGUCCCAGAAUGCUUAGAAAGUAUAAUUGAAGUAGUCGAUAAGACUAUACUCAAAACUAAAGCUGUCCCUGUCUUUCAGCAAUUACUCAAGGAUCCAGAGCCUGAAGUCAGAUCUAUUACAGUGAUGACUAUUUAUAAUCUGUUGAAGGAGAUACCAAUUACAUUGAAGGACUAAUUUCUACCCUUCUUCUAAGCACUCUCCACUGACACCUCCUAACAUGUACGAAUGUCAUUGGCUGAAUAAAUUUGCAAAAUAUCCAAAUAGUAUACAGUCUAAGUUGUAAUACAAACCUUCAUUCCUUUAAUAUCUACUUUAAUUAAAGAUGAUGUUUCUGAAAUCAAAAUCAAAUUGGCUCAUAAUCUAGAUCAAUUGUCUCAAACCAUAGGACCUGAGAACUCUAAAAAACACUUGGUUCCUCUUAUUUCUUCCUUUGCUACUGAAAAACAAUGGAGAUUUAGACUUGAGAUGAUGUCCAUUAUACCAAAACUUCUAAAAGUUGCAGGAUAUGAUAGUUUUCUAGAAUUGUAGGAGAUUUAUCUUGACAAAGGAGUUCUUAAUCAUUAUUAAGCUAUUAGAGACCAAGCAAUUGAUAAUUUGGUGCCCAUCUGUGAAAAUUUUGGUUAUGACAAAAUUCGAGACUUUAUCUUAAGAUGCAUUUCAAAAUAAUUCGAAUAACCCAAUUAUAUAUUUAGAGUUUCAGCUAUGCAUAGCAUUACUAAAUUAAGAGAUGUACUCUCUAUUGAUGAUCUACUUAAUUUAUUUAAGGAUAUCACUUCUAAAUCAAUCAAUGACAGAGUGCCAAAUGUUAGGUUGAAUGCUUUUAAAUUAUUUAGUGCCAUUCAAGAUAAAUUAGAUUACAGAACAUAAAAUGAAUUUAAAGAUAAGUCAAGAUUCUUAUAACAAGAUGAUGAUAAAGAUGUACAAUUUUAUGCAUCAACAAUUUGA